AUGAAGCCCCUACCCCCGGCGGGGAGCCCUGACCGCCGCGGUAAGUCACCGUCGCUGCUCAGCCCUUCCUCCAGCAGUGCGUUCCCCGCCGCCGCCGACGGCGACCAUGACGCCGCCGUCUCCGAGCACGCCUGUGUCACGCUGCAAGAGUGGUGGCUGGCAACCGCGGAAGGGGACGACCAGAAGAUCGCUGUCGCCGGGAAAUUCGAAUGGAAUCAAACACUUCAGGAAUACUCUUCUGCACCUAUUGCGACGCGUCAUACGCCUUUUGUUCUUGAGACUGAGGAUGGAACCGUACUUCGCCUCCAUGGUUCCCACAAGGUUUUGCAAACGUUUCACAAUGGAUAUUCAACUACGGUCUGUGGUGAGUUCCUGAAGGGAUUUCCAGACUGCUGGCAAAGUUGCAAGCCGCGGACGAACUCGCACAUAGAAUGUCAACCUUGUUCUUCUAAUGCCAGCAAUUCUGGAGUGGACUCCACUCAAUUUUACCUGGAGAAAUUUGAGCAGGGGGAAUAUUUGAUUAGUAAAUUUAAUGACAUUUUGGAAAGUUUCUCACACAAUGAUGCUGUGUUUCAAAAAUCAUCACAUUUAUUAAAUGGAACACCCAGAUUUGAAGAAUAUACAUGUGAUGGUGAUAUCGCAACAAAUGAAAAUGCUGCUGCCUCAAGUGAAGCUGCCACAGGCGAUCAGAGAACUCCAGUAGUUUCAUUGGAGGUUCGUGAUUGCCGUAAAGAGACUCAGCACAUGUUAUUGACUGAGAAGGCAGCAGUAGAUGAAGAAAUGCCAACUCCAGUUUAUUUGGAUAUGCAAAACUCUUUCUGUUUGUCAAAUGGAACACUAAUACUGAAUGAAGACGCUGCUGCUUCAAAUGAUGACAAUGAAAGAUACACAGCUACAUCAAAAGAGAGGAAUAACAUGGAAAUAGGCUUGGUUACUGGCAGCUCUUCAAGAGAAAGAGGCCAUGAUGACAUUGCUACUGAUGUUUCUUUAGCUCCUGCAGUGGAAUGUGCUAAUAAUGCAGUCAGUGAAUUGGUACACAGUACUCCAGCAACAGACACAGAUUGUAAAAAGACUCCUGUGGCUUCUUUGAAGAGUCAAGGUUCCUGGAGGGAAAAUCAGCACAUAGCUUCAAAUAAUAAGAUGAAGUUGAUUGAUCUGUGUUUUGGAAAGCAGCCUGUAGACCGGCCCCAGAAGCAAAUAUCGCCACAAGAAAAGUGUCAGAGUGCUACAAGAUUUCCAGUGACCAGGAACUUAGUUUCAUAUCCUGUAGGCCAGCCAAAGAAACGAAUAUCUCCACAUGAAAAGUGUCAAAGUGCUACAAGAUCUUUAGGGACCAGGAACCCAGCUUCAUAUAUCUAUAACACUCUCAUUUGGUUUGUGGAAUUGGACUGGAUGAAUUGUAUUGAGGAUCCAAUUUGA